AGUUUCUCCCACUUGUUUAGAUUCCCUACAAGAUGGCUGACGGUACAGUGGCAGAAGACAGUACUCUAAGAACAGGGCGAGGUGGUGAAGAGAUGCGGACCAGCUCUCCCAGGCUAUCAAGGAAGGCAAGGGAAGAUGCCGUGGCUGUGAAUGAGCCUAGUGGGGAGGACCCUGAUAAUUAUCUCCUUAACUCACCGUGGACGUUUUGGCAUGACGCUACACGAAGAGGAGCAACUGCCAAAGAUUUCUUUGAGAAUCUAAAACCUUUGUGUACAGUCAAGACCAUCAAGGCAUUUUGGGGUGUGGUCAACAAUAUUCGUCCCAUAGAGCAGUUGGGCGAGAGAGAGAGCUACCAUCUUAUGAGGAAUGAGAAUAGGAGACCUAUUUGGGAGGACUCUGAUAAUGCUCAUGGUGGAUUGUGGUCAUUCAAAGUCAGAAAGAUGCACACAACCAAGGUAUGGCAGGAGCUGUUGUUGGCUGCUGUGGGUGAGCAGUUCUCAGAGUGUGUGGGCGGUGGUGACUGUGUGUGUGGUGUGAGUGUGAGGAUAAGAGGGUUCGAUCAAGAAAUCGUACAGAUCUGGAAUGAAGACAUGCCUGUCCUCUCAAAGAGCUACUGUUCUGUUGGACAGGAAAUGGUCCUCAACUUUAUCAACACUGAGGAGAUCAGCUCUGGGGUGGAGUUGUUGGAAGGGUGCGUUGGUACAAUAACGUUAAUUUCAGUAUCUGCUUAGGAAGAGGCCUUUUGAUGAUGUGUUAACAGAAAACCCUUUCAAUUUAGACCAUCAGAACUCUAGUUACAGAGCGGAUUAUAGUACCCUAGAAAUGAAGGAUGUUAAGAUGAGCUCUGUGGUGGAGCUGUUUGAAGAGUGAGAUAACAUUAUUUCUAAAAGCAAAGAGUCUAUUUCAGAAGAAUUGUGUGGGCUUGUUAUGCCAUGGCCAUAGUCUUUAUGAAAAUAGCCUGUUACAAAUUUGUGUUUUGAGCAUACCAUCUGAACGAGAGCUUUCAGAAUUCAGAUUCGUGAUCUGAGCUCUAGUUUCAGAGCUGAUCGAUGUACUGUACUUUUGUUUCUGCUGUACAGGUGUGAGUGUGUGGUGCACUUUGACCCCUGCUAGCCGUGCUGGUGGGGCCGGGGAGGGGAGAAUGAGGUACAUAAGAGUUCCAAUAAAGAAGCAUCACUGGGCAAAGAUAAUUCUCAAGUCUCUCUCUGGGAGGUGGUUUCAGACUACACCCAUUUCCUGUGUUGAGGAGCACAACAUGUGAUGACUAAGAGGUGUAAUAACUAGGGACAGAAUAGGUGUGGCUUAGUGGUUAGGGUGGUGGCUUAGUAGAUUAGAUGAUAGAUAAGGCGUGGGUUCGAUUCCUUCUUGGGGACUUUCUUUACAAAUCAGUUAAUAAUAUCCCUAAAUUUUUAAGUCAUCAUACUCCUUCUCAAGUACAUACAAGUUGGGGUGUCGCCCAGUUUCUGUGAAACAAAGUUUCACGGAAACCGGGCGACGACCCAACUUACCCUUUUUGGUAGACUAGGUUCUGUCUCUUUUUUUUGUAGAAAUGGCUGAAAUUAUUUAACAAUGUAAUUGUGGUUUUGUUCUGCAAAUCUCUGUUGCAAGUGCACGUACUGUACUAUUAAUGAUUUGUGCUAAUGUAAUGUAGUUCUAUAGGUUUCCCAGUAAGGCACUGCAAAAAGGUUCUAUAUUUAUGCCUCAGUGCCUGUAUCCUCCUCUAUAGGUCCAGAUUAUCAAGUAGCGUGUCCAAGGAGGACAGUAAGAGAGUCGUCACCUUCCUCAACCACCCAGGACUACAUCUCAUUCAGGUACAGGCUCGUUAUUAGCUUUUGUAGCUCUAAGAAAUAUAACAUGAGAUGAUUAUCUCAGAGAUAGUUUUGUACCCAACUGGGUAAUUUGACCAAGGCUAGAGCCAGGUCCCUUCCACCAGAUAAAAAGGUGGUAGAUUUAUUACACCAUGUGAUACAUGUAGGACAUAAAGAGAGCGCAUGUUUUAUUAAAUGGAUUUCACCAACUCAAGUUAUGACUUUUAAUUAUUAUGCCAAGCAUACUGUACUCUACUGUACUCUUGUUACGACGCAAUUGACUCUAGCAUUUCUGCACGUGGCAGCCAAAAACAAUUAUUACUAGCAGCUAGCUACAUGUACGUAGCUUGUUAGUGCUUCUUAUUAUUCUUGUGCUAAUU